CCAUGGUGAUACAACUGGCUGCAGCAUGUCGGAUCUUGGCUCAGAAGAGAUCGAAGAGGAGGCAGAGAAUGAUUUAGGGGAAUAUGAAGGUGGACGCAAUGAGGCUGGUGAACGGCAUGGACAUGGGAAAGCCAGAUUACCUAAUGGAGAUACCUAUGAGGGAGAAUAUGCAAAUGGUAAAAGAAAUGGAAAGGGGCUAUACAGAUUUAAAAAUGGUGCAAGGUACAUUGGAGAAUACCUUGAAAAUAAAAAACAUGGCAAUGGAACAUUUAUUUAUCCAGAUGGAUCUAAAUAUGAAGGAGACUGGGUGGAGGACCAAAGACAUGGAAAUGGAGUUUACUCUUAUAUAAAUGGAGACACAUACACUGGAGAAUGGUUCAAUAAUUACAGACAUGGGCAAGGUACUUAUUUAUAUGCAUUAACUGGUUCUAAAUAUGUUGGCACUUGGGCAAAUGGACAACAAGAAGGAGCUGCUGAACUUGUUCAUCUAAACCACAGGUUCCAGGGAAAGUUUGUGAAUAAAAAUCCACUAGGUAUUGGGAAGUAUAUAUUUGAUAUUGGAUGUGAGCAACAUGGUGAAUAUUGUCAGGAGGAGAAAACAGAAGAAGAGGAGGAGGAGGAAGUUUUGAUACCAGUGGCUCCAAAAUGGAAAGCAACAAAAAUUACCAACCUAACACUAUGGGUACCUGAAGAGCCACCUCCUCCAGAAGUAACUCCAGCAGCUGCAGAAGGCCCAUCAACUGAGGAACCUGGAGUUCCUGCAGGUUUGUAUUUUGUCUUAUGA